GGUUUUACAGUUUAACCAAUGAUAAUCGUUGGCCAUGGUAAAUUAUUCAUCAUAAUGGUUAACAUCGUUCUGGAUUAAAGUUGCUUAUUUUUACCUUUCAACAAAUUUAAUUGCCAAAGAUUAAAACGUAUAAAUUGUUACCUACUUGGCCUUUUGAUUUUUCGGGUUUACAAGCUAUCGUUGUUUUAUCAUCACAGUAUCGGCUCUUCAUUAAAUCCAUCUUCAAUCUUUAAUAAUCAAAACAAUCAUCGUCUUUAUUCCAGUGCAAAAUACCUACACUUUAUCAACAUCAACUUGGGUUAAUCACCAUUGGAAUAUGUAACACAGGCAAAAGAUUAUCGUUAUCUAUUGGAUUAAUUAAGUGUAUUUCAGUGAAACCGUUUCUUUGAUCUCUUGGUUUUAUCCCAGGUAAUUCUGUUUUUACCUUUUGUUACUACUACUACUAGUUCUUUCACCUAAAUCUUUCCAUGUUAAUUUGGUUCUAUUGGCUCACCUUGAUUGUUAUUAGAGUGAAACAAAAAUAUCCAUCGUUAAUCCAUCAUUGUGCGGAUGCCUUUAAUUGUGCACAAGGGAAUUAAAGGCAAUUAAUUAACAUGAUGACGAUCUCAUUAUCAAUUUGGAUUAACUCGAUUCCACACAAGUCAUCGUCAUCAUCAUCACCUUUACCAUUACCUCCACCUUCAUCAUCAUUUACACCAUCUUCAUCAUUACCUUUACCAUUAUUUAAAGUAAAAUCUUCACUAACAUCCUAUUUAACAUCAUAUUUAACGUUAAUUUGGUUAAUUAUUUUACCAACUGUGAUUCAGUGCACGGAAACAGAUGACAUGAAUUGUGUUCCCUUCAUCAAUAGACUUACUUUUUGCUCAACAACCAAAAGAGAUGAUAUUUAUUAUCAAAUUGAAGUUCCAACAACAGGUUAUCAGACUAAUUUCAGUUUAAUAGAUUUUGAUGUGGACUCGUUUGACUUGAAAAAUGAUCGAGUUGUAUUUAAACCGAUAAUCAAUUUAAGGCCCAAAGUUUAUCGGGUAACCAUUUUGGCGACUCAAGUAAAGACUGAAACUCUGGUUGGACCCAAUUGUAUGAUAUUGGAGAUUGAAUUGAAUGACCUGCACUGUAAUUAUGUUGGCCAUUGUACUGUUGUGGUCUCUGUUUUGGCCAGUUUUUGUUUAAUUUUGUUAACAGCUCUUUCAGUUUCCCUAAUCAUUUUGCGUCGUAAAAAGCCAUUGUCGUUAAUUUUGAGGAAGGUUAAAAUUCCAGACGACGAUUCCUAUUCAAAUAGCCAUCAAUCAGAAUCAGGUGAUCAAAACUUAAUCAUACCUCGAAAGGCAUCGAGUGUGGCGGCUGACAUUGCCAAUGGUACCAUAACCAGGCCAAUCUUUUCACCACCGGACGGUCUUUUGAUGCCACGAAAGUCGUCUUUAAAGCAAAGUCGAAUCGAAGUGAUUCCAGUCAAAGAUGAUCCAUUGAAAGCUCUUGAAGCAGGCAUUGAAAAUGCAGGUUACCAGGAAUCGGAAGCCUCUAGAAGAGCCUCAAUCAUUCCCGAAGUUGAAGAACCAGAGGAUAAAAAGGACUCGCUAGCGCCUGAUCUUGGUGCCGAGAAUCGAAGGAAAUCAAUAGUGACUUUUAGUGAUAAAACGGAGGUUAUCAGGAUAGCCAAAUGAUCUUGAAGCCAUUCAUUAAGGCAUCCAUCCAUAGUCAUCAUUAUUCAUCAACAACCAUUAACCCAAUUUUUCUAGGAAACCCUUUUUCCUAAACACUUUUAUUAAUAUCGAUUAAUAAUGCCAAUCAUUUUAAUUAUAAUUUAAUCACACUUUAAAAAUAUGUGAUUGUAGUCAAUUUGUCUUUUGUUCACAGCUUUUCAAGCUUUUUUGAUUAAUGGAACCAGCGUUUAGUCAUUGAUCAACCAUUGUUGAUCUAUUUUUCUAUCUGAAUAUAUUUUCAAUUCAAUUCAUGGAUUAAAUUAUAUUGUGAAACGAUCUCAAA